AAUUCUGUAGUAAACUUAAACAUUCAAACUGUCGAGAUGAAAUUCUGUGUCGCAUUAAUUAGUUUGGUGAUCUGUGCCACAUUUGUUAUGGCUCAAGACAAUUGUCCAACGAUUUGCACAGCCGAUUUUAAGCCUGUCUGUGGAGAAGCCACGGUCGACGGUCAAAGCGUUCGUUGUCAAUUCUCCAAUGCCUGCAAAAUGGGAGUCAGUGCUUGUGUUAACAAAAUAAACUGGCUUCAAACUAGCUGCGGAUAUGGUACUUCACCCACUUGUGGAAGUCUGAUUUAAGUCUGUGAAACAUAAGCUAGACUAAAGCUAAGAAAAAUAAUAUUUAAAAAAUGCAAUAACGUGGAUCACGAUCAAUCAAUUAUUUAGAAGUAACGGUCUGUGACCAAGAAAAAUGUUAUUUCAGCUUUCAAACAGUCAAUGACUUAUGUUAUUGUAAAGUCAAUAAAUACAGCAAGGUUCUGUAAAAAGCCCA